CUCGAAUGAUGGUGUUAGGUUAUGUUACGGUUUGAAUUGUUUAUAAACUCACCAUAUUCUUUGAAUUUGAUCAACAAACACCGGUCUAUUUUUCGCUCACAAUUGUCUCGUAAUAAUGGAAGGUGCAUAAUGUGGAAUGGAGUGAAGAUGGAACCCACGGAGCUUGGUGCUGGAGAAGUCAAAACAGAAGCAACAGAGGAUGACUCAAAUAUAUGUGGAACCGAUUUGAACUAUAAAGACUUCAAAGUCGAGUUGGGAAAUGGAGAAAUUAAAGUAGAAACAACUGAAAAUUACUCUAGUAUGGGUCGUGCUGAUUUGCAUUAUAAAGACGGUGCAGAAGUUAAAGCAGAAGCGAUCGAAGUUGAUUCAGUUAUGUGUAGUGCUGAUUUUGAGUAUAAAGACGUUAAAGUCGAGUUUGACGACGGAGAUUUUGAGGCAAAGACAACUGAAGAUGUAUCAAAUGUGUGCGGUGCUGAUUUUGGCUAUAAAGACGUUAAGGUCGAGCUUGAUGAUGGAACAGUUAAAGCAGAGGAUGACUCGAAUGUGUGCAGUGCCGAAUAUAAGAAUUUCCACAUUAUGCAUGAAGAUUUAGAGAUCAAGGAUGACGAUGGGGAAUCCAGUGAAGCUGUAAAAAGCGAUCUGAAUCGGAGACGUCCAGGAGGAGAACAUCUGCUCAAUCGCAGUUCUGAUACUAGUACGUGUAAUGAGCAAUUUAUUACAACGGCAAAUUUAGAUGACCGUAAAACUAAAAAAGAUUCGGAUUUGCUUCAGUUACUAGGAAAGUACACGAAAAGCCGCAAGCUAUGUAUCCAAUGUAACGAGACUUUCACGAAUUGUUUAAAUUUAGAUGAACAUAUAAUUAGGAAGCACCCCGAAUAUUUGUCAUGUGUUUCUAGGAAAAUACAUAAGUGCACAGAUUGUACAUACUUAACCGCCAUAAAAGGAAAUCUACGUAGACACAUGCUGAAGCAUGAACUGUAUCCUGUCAAAAAAAAGAACGACAAAAUGUCAACUUGCUGACUAAACUGUAUCCAUCGAAGAAACAAAGUAAAACGUAUUGCACGUGUCAAGAACUUAACCGUAAGAGACGCUACAGGGCCGUAUCAAGCUAUUGUGACUGAUCUAUCAAAAAAUGUCGUACAAGAUAUGUGUUGCUGUAAAUUCUAUCAAAAGCAUAGUAAAUUAUCA